AUGAAGUGGGGUGGAAGAAAAUCAUCACCAGCUUCUUCUUCUAAUAGUAUUAAUAAUAAUACUAAGCAUUCUUUCAUCUCUCAAGUGUCUCCUUUUUCAUGGCUGUCCAAGUUCAAGCAGAUGAGGAUUAACUCGGAGCGAAAGCCGGGGCAGAAUGCAAAGCAGAAUUCUGUUCCAUCUUAUGGUUCAGCACCAAAGGAUGCAUGUGGGAAUAGAGGUAGGUUUUAUGGAGGGGAAGAUGAUGCCUUCUGGAGACUCUCAUUUGGUGAAGAGAGUCAUGAGCAUAACAAGAGUAGUGAAGAUAUCUUGAAAUCAACACUGCACAAUUUGGAUGGUGAUCAUGCCAAUGAUGUCAUUCAGUCCUCAGCACAAUUUGGACUGAGUGAUAAAAGACAUGGAAGAAGAGAAGCUAGUCUGAGGUUGAAGCAGAAGGAUAUUGGAAUGGGAGAGGAAAGAAAGUUGCCAUGUGAGAAUGAGUGUGAUCAUGGAGGAAAGGAAUUUGAAUUCUUAAGGAGGAGAUAUGAAAGGAAAGCACAAAAGGUUUUUCAAGAUCAACUCUUGAAACUAGAAAAAGCUGCAGAUAAUCUAGAAUCUGAAUUUGCAUCUAGCAACUCUAAGUCCUUGGAAAAUGAUGUGCUGAAAUCCGAAUCGCCUAGAACGAUUCGAACACCAAGAACAAAUUCGUACAUCUCUGUAAAUUCAAAGAAUUCUGGCGAUGGAAAUAUUAAAGAAGGUGGUGUUAACUCUGGGAAGAAUACUGAAGAGUUGAGAGUGAAGGUUAACAAGAAAAGGCAAUCACUUCAUGUAGGCAAAGAACUUCAGAGGAGGAAGCCAAGGAAUAGUCCAAGGGUAAGAGUGCAUUCUCCGAGGAUGGCUUCCAAGGUCGAAAUCUGCAAAAUAAAGGCCAUAGAAGACAUGAAGAAAGCAAAACUAAAGAUGAAGAAAGAGGAGGAAAUUUCAGAGGAAACGGCAGGUGUAGACAGCUUUGCUGUGGUGAAAUGCUCAAUGGAUCCGCAACAAGACUUCAGAGAUUCGAUGAUGGAGAUGAUCGUGCAGAGGAAGAUCAGCAGGCCAGAAGAAAUGGAGGAGCUGUUGGCAUGUUAUCUCACACUGAAUUCUAGUGAGUAUCAUGAUAUCAUCAUCAAGGUUUUCAGGGAGGUGUGGUUAUAUGUGAACAAGGUUUGUUGUCUUAAAUCAGAAGCAAUGCAGUUGCAAUGA